AUGCCUUGCUACAGCUUCCUUAUAGAAAACAAGAAGCUGAACAAAAAGGUCCUCUUCGAUCUUGGGCUGAGAAAGGAUUGGAAGGAGAAAUUGCCACUCCCUAUCCUCAACCAAAUUGAAGCCGCUAAGGCGGUUGUGGACAUUGAGCAAGAUGUUGCUGACCAACUUCGCAACGCCAAUGUCCCUUUGGAAUCGAUCAACGCUAUUAUCUGGUCACACCACCAUAUGGACCAUACGGGAGACCCAUCUCUCUUCCCUCCUUCCACGGAUCUAGUGGUUGGCCCCGGUUUCAAGCAUAACAACAUGACUUUUCCCGGUUACCCUAUGAAUCAAGAUGCUCUGGUGACUGAAGACGCCUUCGCUGGUCGUAAAUUGAUUGAGCUCGAUUUCAGUGACGCCAUAGCUGUUGGUGGCUUUUCGGCUAUCGACUUCUUUGGAGAUGGAAGCCUGUAUCUGCUAAAAUCGAGCGGGCACACGCAUAAUCACAUCAGUGCUCUGGCUCGUACCUCGGAAAGCCGGUUCCUCUUCCUUGGGGGCGAUAUCGCUCAUCACCCGGGAGAGUACCGACCAACUGAACACCUUCCGCUUCCAAUCGAGAUCAGGCCUUCACCUCUACACAAGAAUACUAUCUCAACUUCAGCAUGUCCCAGUUCUGUCUUCGAAGCGAUCUCCUCUGCAAAAUCAAGAGGUUUAGAUACCAAGGUCACUCCUUUCUAUGAGCUGAACGCCGCAAUGAACGAGGAUCUGGGAGAUGCCGAGGUAGCUUUGGAGAAAAUGUUACCGUUCGAUGGUUCAUCAAAGGUUAUGGUUAUUAUUUCCCACGAUUCAAGUCUCCUGGAUGUUCUUCCGUUCUUCCCUAAGAGAAUUACUAAGUGGGACAUGGAGGGAUACAAGACGAAGGGAACUUGGAGAUUCUUGAGUGAUUUUGCUGGAGCUAUCGAGGGAAGUGCAGAAAAAAGUACAUAG